AUGAUACAUUGUUUAUUCUUAAUGAGCAGAUAAGGUAAAACAAGAUUAACUAAAUGGUUUUCUUAAUCAUUUACAAGUAAACAAAAAACAAGAUAUUUGAAAGAAAUUAAUUCUAUUGUAUUAACAAGAAGUAGUCGUUUAUGUAAUUUUUUAGAAUGGAACGAUUAUAAAAUAGUUUACAAAAGAUAUGCAAGUUUAUAUUUUAUUACCAUUGUUGAUAAAGAAGAAAACGAAUUAGGAAUUUUAGAAAUUAUACAUCAUUAUGUUGAAUGUUUAGAUAAGUAUUUUGGUAAUGUAUGUGAAUUGGAUUUAAUUUUUAAUUUUCAUAAAGCAUAUUUUAUUUUAGAUGAGUUGAUGAUUUCAGGUCAUGUAAUGGAGCCUAGUAAGAAAGUAAUUUUAAAAGCUAUUUAAAGUUAGGAAGUAUUUGAAGAAGAAAACCAAGAUACAAAUAAAAAGUGAGAUCUAUAUUUAUUGUAUGUACAAUUAUUUAUAAUAUUAUUAUAAUUUUUUGUCUUUU